AUAAAUCAUGGUAGGCGAAGCAAUCAUCGUCUCGUGAUUCACCCUUCGCAUUUCUGGAUUUCGGCAUCGUCUUCCUCGGGUUAGAACGACGAUGACGAUGGCUUUUUCGCUGAAACAGGGGAAUGUGCUCUGCUUCUGUGUGGCGCCGGGGGAAGGUGGGGGAGAGGUUCCAGUGGCGGAGGAGAUGAGAGUAUCUGACUGCCUCGAGGAAAGCCUCGACCGGGAGAUGGAGGCGGUGAGGCGAGCCAAAAGGCGGGAGCUUUGCCUUCGCCUACCGCCUUCCUCUUCUGCUACCUCCGCCGCCGCCUCCACCACUGCUGCUUCUUUCGAGGCUUUUUCUCCUCGGAGUCUGAUAUCCCGGGUGCUCCUUCCUCUCCUCCGCCCGUCUCAGGCCCGAAACGCCGCUACAGAAGGCGGCGAACAGGUCGUGGGCUGCCGGGUGUGGCUGCCUAGGCGCAGCGCUGGCAACAGGAAGGAGACGGAGAAUAGAGAAGCACCACCGGCUGCAGUGGCCAUCCUGGAAACGGCAAUCGAAGCUGCCGGAAGCCGUUCGGAAAUCGCCGUCAACUCAGGAAAAAUCAACGACGAGCGCUCCUUGAAUCUGGGAAUGGGAGUAGGCCUCGUUUACCUCCUCGCGAGGAGCGCCGCCGAGAUGAACAAGAUGGUGGAACUGCGACAAGAGAUGGAGAUUCUACUCAAGGACAUUAAAGAUGAGCUCCAAAGUAGAGAUUUUCCUUCCAACAACAGCGCAGAGUCCAGCAAUCACGCCUCUUCCGUGACGAACGUGAAGAAAAGUGAUUGUCAGAUCUCACAAGACGAUGAAGAAUCCUUCAACUCAAUCAGAGAGGAAGAUGAAGCACUACGACGAGCAGAGGCUGAGGAAGAAGAAAAGUACGAGAGGAAUCGAAGAGUUAGAAGGUGUCUGAAGAUGGAUGAGAUGGAAAUGGAGCUGCAAGAACAAUUAGAACGUUUGCAGUGGAGCUUCGAUGGCAAGGCCUCAAUGGAGUUGCUUCUUGAGAAUCAUCCUCAAGCUUGCGAAAGCCUCACUGCAAAUUAUGCAGCAGCGAGUAGCAGUCAGUUUGGCGUUUCACCCCACGAGCUGACCAUAAAACUGAAUCAACUCCUCCAGGCGAGGCGACAAGAAGGCAUCUCGGAGCUGGAAUCCUCAUUCUUGAGCAGCAGCAACAAUUUCUCCGGCAGCUCUGGCGAAUUAGGCUUCAACGGCGAGUUAAUGGUGGAACAAACAUGCAGCGGUAGUGACUGCGGGGUUUGCGCGAUCGAGCUCGAGCGGAGGCUCCACGAAGUGCUGGAGGCGCGGCAACGGGAGAGGAUUGUGGAGCUGGAGUCAGCGUUGCGGUGCGCUGAACGGAGGCUGAGAGACAAGGAGAGGGAGAUCUGCUGGUGGAGGGACACUGCAGGACUGGUGGCAGAGCAUAAGACGGAGGUGGUUUCCCGGUGAAUUGCAAAAGGACAGCAAAAGCAGAGAAAGAAAAACGGCAUUUUGAUUGGGAAGCUAAAUCCUAAAUUCUAAACCCUAAUUCAGUGUUUUCUUUCUGUUUGGUGUUGUUGACUGUUGAGUUAAGUCUACUUGUUGAAGUUUUGCAUUGCCACUAAUUCGAUGAAGCACUUGGUUUGAUA